AUGAGGGAGUGUCUGGCUGCACCUUUGGGGCCGGAGACAGAGUAGGUGUACCCGGCUCCGUACCCGACGGCUGCAGCAGGAGCUGGGCUGGGGGCCCUCGAAAGACAGGACGUGGGAAGACCGACCCCCCAGAGUGUGCUCGCUCGCAGGUGCCUGCUUGCCCCAAACCAUGCAGUGAGCAAUGCCCCGCCCUGGUCAUUCUCGCCCAUUAUCUGGGCCGCCCCACUUGGGACGCUGGGAGCGGCCAACAGAACAAUGCCUGGAGGUGUAUGAAGCGCCCCCUCAACCCCCACCAAGCCGCCGCGCCCGCAGGCCAGACCCCAAGGACCCUGGUCGCCAUGGGCCCGAGAGCCUCACCUUCAUCUCUGGCUCUGCGGAGCCCGCCGCCGAGCCCCCCGCCUGCUGCCUGUUCUGGCGGCCCUGGGUGUGGGACUGGUGCCGGGCUGCCUUCUGCUUCCGCCGCUGCCGGGAUUGCCUCCAGCGCUUCGGCGCCUGCGUGCAGGGGUGCAGCCCCUGCCUGUCUGCCAGGGACUCCGCCGAGGAGGCUGUCGAGGCCACCUGGCCCAAGGAGCACAACGGGGUGCCCCCCAGCCCCAACCACGCGCCCCCCAGCCAUCGCGAUGGCCAGAGGCUCAAGUCGACCAUGGGCAGUAGCUUCAGCUACCCAGACGUCAAGCUCAAAGGCAUCCCCGUGUAUCCCCACCGCAGCGCCACCUCCUCAGCCACUGAUGCGGACUCCUGCUGCAAGGAGCUGCUGCCGGAGCCCCCACCCACUAGGCACAGCCUGCCCAGCACCCUGGCCAGCAGCCCGCGGGGCUCCGAGGAGUACUACUCCUUCCAUGAGUCAGACCUGGACCUGCCCGAGAUGGGCAGCGGCUCCAUGUCCAGUCGGGAGAUCGACGUGCUCAUUUUCAAGAAGCUGACCGAGCUGUUCAGCGUGCACCAGAUCGACGAGCUGGCCAAGUGCACGUCGGACACCGUGUUCCUGGAGAAGACCAGCAAGAUCUCGGACCUCAUCAGCAGCAUCACGCAGGACUACCACCUGGACGAGCAGGACGCGGAGGGCCGCCUGGUCCGCGGCAUCAUUCGCAUAAGUACCCGCAAGAGCCGGGCCCGGCCCCAGCCCGCAGAGGGGCGCUCCACGCGGGCUGCUGCCUCCGCCGCUGCUGCCCCCGACAGUGGCCACGAGACCAUGGUGGGCUCAGGCAUCAGCCAGGACGAGCUAACCGUGCAGAUCUCCCAGGAGACGACUGCAGACGCCAUCGCCAGGAAGCUGAGGCCUUACGGAGCCCCAGGGUACCCAGGCAGCCACGAUUCAUCCUUCCAGGGCACGGACACAGACUCUUCAGGGGCACCCCUGCUCCAGGUGUACUGCUAACCCCUGCUGGGCCCAGGGGCCACAACCCCCUCUGCAGGAAGCACAGCCUGCAGGUUGAGAGGGAGCCCAGGACCCACUCCAGGCCCGUUCCGGCCAUGUGCCCCCGAGCACUGCCCAACUCUGGCUCCUCCUACCUUGGCUGACUGGCUCCUGGACCACGUGCAUUUCACUGGGCAUGGUGUCCACAUCUCCACAGCACCUCCAGCUGGUCUGACCCCAGCCCUGGCCUGCUUCUUCCCGCCCAUGGCCUUCAGGGGCUCUGGGUCAUGGAAAUCAAUGACUUAUGACUACCUUCUGGGAUUGAAUCCUGACUCUACCCCUACAUGCCAUCCUAACCAAUCAUGCAAACUUCUCUCUCCCUGGGGGGGGG